AAAUCAUCAACCGUAGAAUAAAUUGUACUGGUCAAGACUAAAUUCAACGGUCGACAGCGUCGGUAAAAUCGACUGAAAUCUUCUGAGAAUUUUGGUCAUCCGUUAUUCUGCCUCGACUAACUAUAGCAUGUGAUUACUGAACUACACAUGAGAGGGGUUUUAAAGCGAUAACAUUGAUAAGAAGCGAGCAAAAGUAUUUUGAUUUAGAGACAUGCGCUGAACCGUGAAAACCUCCCUUUAAAUACUACUUAAAAUAUACAAAAAAAUAAAUGGAAAUCGUUAAUUUGAAAGAAAUUUAAUCAGAAUUUUACUAAAACAAUGGGAUCAUAUUGUCUCUCGUCCGCAUGACGAGCCCCUACGAGAAAUUGUGCCAUGCAGUGAUGUUUGUGCCGCUCGUUUUCGCCUCUGGUCUGCUGCAAAUCCUGUGAGUGGAUCGCGCUGUAUCGCAGAGUUUGUCAGUCAGGGCAACAAAGUCAUUUAUGAUUUCUAUGGGCCGAUAAAACUGCAGGAAUAUUGUGUUGUAAUGCAUUCGUUUUCUUGUAUGUGAUGCCAUUUCGCGUCGAGAUGAUCGCUAUGUUGCUUUCGAUAAUAAUUCUUCAAGCCAUUUUCACUGGUGCUGUAGCUUCAGAGAAUGGAUCAAGCGUUGAACAUUUUCACCCUUUCUUGUUUUUCAACCAGAAAGACGUUUUUGUUCUCCGCGAACGAGCGCGAUCAACACACGCUGAAAUAGCGCAAAGGAUAUCCUUAGCGACCCAAGAGAUGAUGCAGAAUCCUGAAAGCUUUCUACCGCCAAGAGAUUGGCAAACGUUCUCCAGCGCAUGGAAUGAACGUUACGGGAACGAUCUCACCGCAGUAGCAUUCUAUUGUGUUUUAUACCCUGAAGAUAUCAAGGCAAAAGAGUUAGCGAUCUCAUUCAUGGAGCGGCUUGAUAAUCUUCCAAAUUGGCGAGUGGCCGCUACUUUACGCGACGAUGUUCCAGUAGCACACUCUUUAACCGGCAUGGCGACCGCUUACGACUUUUUGUACGAACAGUUGAACAAUACUCAAAGAAUACGCUUCUUAAAGAAAAUCACUAGCGUGACCAAAGAGCUGUAUGAAAGGUCUUACGACAAAACGCUUUGGUGGGGAUCUGCUUACCUACAAAAUCACGUGGCUACAAACUACAUGGCAAUUUUUACCGGCGCUUUGAUUGCUUUUCGGCAUAAGGAGCUCGAGGCGGAGAAAUGGAUGUCACGCGCUCAUCUAAUGCUGGGUAGAACCCUGGAGCUGUUUAGUUAUGUUGUGGACGGUUCAAUUGAUGAAGGGGUAGCGUACGGUACGUACACGACACGCGCGUUGACCCAGUAUGUUUUCUUUGCCUUACGUCACUUUCGCAUUGACUUAACCCAUAGCCCUUGGUUGAAAGAACACUUUUGGUUUUUGCACUAUACGGUGUUUUCGGGGUUCAGAGAGACUGUGGGUAUUGGUGACUCCAACAGAAAUUGGUACUACGGACCAGAAAGUCAGCUAGUUUUCCUGGACAGCUAUGUGCUAAGGAAUGGUUUGGGCAAUUGGUUGGCAAGAAGGAUCAGAGAACAUAAAGUCAUAAAAGGGUCCCUCGCUCAGGCACAGUCCCACAGAAAUUGCAUGCUUCACACAGAGUUUCUUUUCUACAAUGCGAGUAUCAAAGAGAGAGCUCAACCCAACCCGAGCCUGCCUCGACUGCAUGUGUUUAGUGACUGGGGAGUGGUUACCUAUGGGGGAGGCGUGGAUACCUCCCAUAGCAACAACUCUUGGGAUGAGAGGGAUACAUUUCUUUCCUUUAAAUGCGGCGUGCUUCACGGAAGAGCAAUAAACUCUGUUGUUAGGCGCAAAAACUUUCGUUCAUGGAUAACAGGCUGGAAGAAUUUUAACCCUGGCCACGAGCAUCCCGAUCAAGGAUCCUUCGUUUUUGCGCCAAAUGGAGUGCCGUUCAUAACUGAGACAUUUUACGCCCCCAAAUACACGUGGCUCAAUAAUGCCAUAGUGUUUGGCCCCUCACCCAACUCGGAGUGUUCCAGCCCCUUCGAGGGACAGAUAGGAGAAUGCAGUGGAUGGUUUAAUUACAAGACAAUGGCCGCUUGGAAGGCAGAAGGGGACGUAAUAUCUGCGUCAAGUGAAGGAAACAUGGUUUUUACCAGCGGCGAAAUGAGCCAGUGGUAUAGAGAAGAGUUGGGCUUGCUGAGCGUCUAUCGUAGCUUGAUUAUGUUGACUCCAAGCGUCCUUCUUGUCGUUGAUCACAUCGAACGCAAAUCAGCGGGCCAAGCAUCGAUAAUGAGCGCCUUCUUUCACAAUGUAGACUACUCCUUCAGUCUCGACAUGAACUCCACGGCAGCAACCCAUGCUAGCGUUUCGAUAGACGGACUGUUACACAAGGCAUACUGGUUCAAUCUGGAGAGCGGCGAGGAAAGUCUGGCCCAUGCGAGCCAUUAUUCAACAUCUUAUAAAUCACUGAGAACAAACUACCUCAAUAUAACAACGCCCCUAAACGCGCGGUACACUCGGACCGCGUACCUGUUCCUGGGCCCUGUAAAUUGAAUAGACCUUGUUCCAAAAGUCCUUACUUUGCAUGAUCAUGGAUUAAAGGUGUCGUUAAGAAUCAGUGGUGUUGAUUACGUCGUUUCCAUAGCAACAAAGCAUAACCAGCCUUACGACCGAUACAGUUUCUUGGGUUUUGGUGGAUUUUGCGAGGUUCAGAUAAACGCCAGGAAAACUGUGCGUUUUGGUUUGGAUGUAAUUUCCGCCUCUGAGGAGGAAGUUGUGGCCGAUUCGUCAUGGACUCAGACCAAUGUGCCAAUUAAUUGGAGUUCCCUAGCUUCCUUGUUUCUACCCUUCAGCAUCGCAGGGAUUUUGGUAUUUUUCUAUUUAAAACUUCGGCGCCAGCUACUUGGUCGAACCGCCCUUCAAGUGUUUUUCUGGUGUCUUGGAAUAUCAUGGCUUUUCACAACAUUAGUGAUCAAUUUUAGCUUCUGUACAGGUGAGAGGUGUGAGUGGAUGACCACUACAAAACAAGACACUACAAGCGACAAUUAUACUAGCUUUGAACCAGUGGAAGAUCCGCCUUUUGUAUUGUACACUUCUCUUCCCUUGGCCGGCGCUGAAAUUCUACAACACUUAUUCAAGAAUUCUACGGACUUCAUUGACGUAGAACCUACAAGAAUUGCGCAUAAAUUUUUGGAUCCUUGUUCCAUUUUUUCUCAUUUUCAUCCUUCUCCCGACACGAUGCGGUUGAGAAGUUGGCUCAGAGCUCUUUCUAAAAACCCGAAAGCUGUUUUUCCAGAUUUACCUAAAAGGUAUCACAAGGCUUUACCGUCGGUCCGUUUUACAGACCCUGGCUGGGCAAUGAAGUUUCCAUGGCUGAGGAAAGUCCUGGAGACGAGAUUUCGUGCCAUUGUGGUGGUUAGAGACCCCAGGGGGUGGGUGAACGCCUGGCUUCGAGAAAUAAGUGUGAAUGGUACACUUCGUGAUGCUGUACGUGAAGCUCUUGAUAUGAUCAAGAUCCAAGGCUGCCACGAGAAAAACAUGUCUUAUUUUGCACCUGAAUUCCACGAAAUGCAAGGGGUGCUCCUUCAGCACGAGAACGAAAACGGUAUGGACAAUGUAGCGCUACUCGCCUAUCUGUGGGCCGCGCACAUGAAUGCUGUCCUUCGUGUGAACUCAAAUCUUCUUAAAGAGAGUAUACGCUUUAUUCAUUUGGAAGACCUGAUCCUGAAGCCUCGAAAAACCGCUGAGAGUGUGUUCCGCUUUCUAGGCGUUCCUCUUUCACCAGCUUCUGAGCAUCGUAUUCUAACAGUUGCACACACGGAACAGUUCUCGCUUGGCUCCUCUCGAGAAAUUGUCGGGGCCAAGACCGUGGAGGCUUGGGAGCGAGAGCUGAAAAGUGAAGAUGCUGAACGGAUAAAGGACAUCUGUGGUCCAGUCAUGACAAAACUUCGGUAUGACGCCGUUGAACUGGAUAUAUAAUGCGUAGAAAAAUAAAAGAAUGAAAUAAUGCUGCCGUUCCGUGAAGGAUGUGUGAAACCCAAUUUACACGCAUCUUUAUCGGCCCGCGAAAAAUUGGCGAAAGGAAAUCCGUAAUUCGUAGUUCAAGCAGAGCAGUUUUUUUCUGCAAAAACGUUUUGAAAAGAAAAUGAUAGGUAGUGGAUAGGUUAGUUUGUAUAUUAGUGGGAGCACUGCAGAUGGCAGUUGCUCCUUGUUACUUUUUCGGUAGGUAACAAAUUUACAAACAUCGCGCGAGCUCGAUUCUCAGAAAUUUCCGGAUAGGGUCGGUUUUUAUCCGCCAUAGGGAGUGAUUACACAGCAAAAUUCAGCUAAGCCGGGUUAGAGGGGUUAACAUUCCUCGCCCGGCUUCCGAGAAAAACAUCCUCUUGAAAUGAAAUUGGUGAUUACAUAUCGAGAUUAUAGAGAGAGUUUCAGUCCGGGCUGAAAUUCAGCCCGGGUUAAAAAUUCCAGCCCGUGCUUGAGAAACUGGAUCCCAAUUUUAAAAAAAUGAGAAACACGAGAUAAUGCUCGGGGCUUGUUCAAUUUCUACCUAUAACAGAAAUUUCGUGAAAAACUAUAUUGAGUUGAAUUGAUACAAUAACACAUAAAUCAAUUGAGAUAUACUA